UCGGCGGGCGUCCAUGUGCACGUCGCUGCGGCGUCGCCUCUCCAGCAAAUAUCAGUUUCCGUAUAUAUCGUGUCGCCAGGGCCAACACGGCGGCCUAGCUUACCUUGUAGUUCAUCCAGAGAACACACAAUGGCCGUAGCGAUGCCAGCUGCGCGCUCGCUUCUCCUGCUUCUCCUCCUGGUUGCGCCGCUGGCGCCGGGCUCGUCGGAGGCGGCAGUCCGGCCGAACCCCAAGAUCGUCAACUGGGUCGCAGACAAUGCCCGCGCCUCCACGCCCGACAGCUUCGGCGCCCUCGUCUUCGACCUCUCCGUCGGCACGCCGCGGCAGACCCUCUCCUUCGUCAUGGACAUCACCGAGCAGCUCGUCUGGGCGCAGUGCGGCCAACAUGGGUUCACGCAGUCGCAGGCGCCCACCUUCAGGCCCGGCAGCUCCUUCGCCCCGAUUGGCUGCAAGGACACGGCAUGCCAGAGCCUGGCCCCCGACGACAACUGCAUCCACCCCGACGACCACUGCAAUUACGCAUGGGACUUCCAGCGCCACGGCAGCGGCUCCAUGUCCGGCUACCUCGCCACCGAGACGUUCAGCUUCGGGGCCAAGUCCGUCCCCGGCAUGGUGUUCGGCUGCAGCGACAACGUCACGGCGCGGGCCCUCGGCGGCGUCUCUGGCUUCGCCGGAUUCGGCAGGGCCCCACUCUCCCUCGUCUCGCAGCUCCACGUCUCCAAGUUCUCCUAUUUCAUCGACGACAACAGCUUCCUCGGCUUGGGCGACGCGGGCGCCGCGCCGGCUUUGGGCAACAACAGCACGCCGCUGCUGCUAGCCACGACCAAACAGGACAGUUACCUCUACUACGUCAACCUCACCGGCAUUCAGGUCGACGGGGAGCUCCUCGCCGACAUCCAGGCGGGGGCCUUCGCCGUCAAGGAAGACGGCUCCGGCGGGGUGUUCCUCAGCACAACAAUUCCCUACACAUUCCUCCCAGAGGCCGCGUACCAGGUUCUGAGGCAGGAGCUCGCGAGCAGGAUUCGGUCACAGGGCGUAGCUCCGAUGAACGCCACAUCCGACGACCUGUACUUCCUCAAGGAGAACUUCCGCAGCGUUAAGGUUCCAAGGCUAGCGCUGGUGUUCGACGACGCCGACGCGGCGAUGGAGCUCAAUGUGAAGAACUACUUCUCCAUCUACGACGAAUGGCGCACGUGCCUCACCAUACUGCCGUCGCCGAACGGCGCGGCCGUCCUGGGCAGCCUGCUGCAGACGGGCAGGACCAUGACCUACGACAUUCAUGGCGACGGCGGCCAGCUGACAUUCGAGCCGGUGGCAGCGGGUGGCCCGGACCCGGCGCUGGCGCAUGCGGGUGGCCCGGACCUGGCGCCGGCCCAUGCGCAUGCGGGCGCCCCUGCGCCGGCGCGCGGGUCGCUCGUCAUAACAGGCACUCUUCUGGCCUGGGUGCUCCUCUUCCAGCAGUUCUAGGCUUCUAGCUAGAUCAUGCGGCAAUAAUCCUGGAGAAGAUCGAUGCUGUUAACCGCAGAGGAUGAUGCAUGUGUUGUUGUUGGUCUACGUGUGUAGUUCUGUGUUGGACAUCUGCAUGUGUUCGCUACCAGGCUAGCUAUCCCCUCGAGUGCAUGUCUUGUUGCUUUAGCUAUUGUAAUUUCUGCCGUUGAUGAUCCCCAGGAAGACAUUUCUCGAUGUUAAA